CAAUUAUUUUAGGAAUAUGUGACACUCCAGCUGCCCACUUCCAACUCUCCGCCUGCAUUAUUUCAAUCUGAACAAUUAUUUCUUAUAGAGUUAUGGGUUUCACGCUAAAUUUUACGUCACUGAAGAACUUUGUCUUCCUCUAUUUAUCACUUCGCCUGUUUACGGAAGGAGUGGAAGAAUUCCUAAUCCAACCAACUGCUUGGUAUUACAUGAAGUAUCUGGGAGAGUCAGAUUUAUUCCUUGGACUAACAUUGGCUGCUUAUUCCGCAGGGGCGUUGUUAUUCGCGCCAUUUGUUGGGGUUCUCGAGGUUAAAUUUCAAGCAGCAAAAAUGAUCACUGUUUUUUCUGCCUUUGUGAGGUUCUUUGGUAAUUUAUUGUACUCAAUUCCUAUCAAUGGAUACUUUCCUUUCUUUGGAAGGUUAAUAUGUGGUCUAGGUGCAGCUACAGAAGGAGUUUUGUUCGGUGUUGUAGCUAAAGGAACCACCAAUAAGAAUCGUGCUAAAGCAUUUUUAUAUCUCGAAGGACUCUACAGCCUUGGUACUAUAUUUGGCCCGACAUUAGGUAGCGUUCUGACAUUUAACGUGGAUAUAUAUGGUUGGAAAAUCAACGCAGGUAUCUAUAUGAUCCAUCUAUCUUCACUGACAAAUUAUUGAAGUUAAUGUAAUAUGAUUAUAUGUUAUUGCUACUCAUAAAGAAAACUAAUUUUUAUGUAUACCAAUUUUUUAUGCCUUUUUGUCUUUGCAAACACUUUUUUGGCGGUUUCUUCUUCGAAUCGUGCUCACAAUAAUUUUGUCCAGCUAAUAACAGUUUUUUUCGCUUCUCAUCAGUAAUGUGAAAACAUUUUUGCAAACAUCUCCAUUUUUUAAAGAUUUCUCCCCCCCCCCCCUCGAUUCAGUAAUGAUCCUUCCGGUUUUCCACUAGGCGGAAUUUUGUGUGUGGAGCGGAAUUUUUCUGUUUCUUUUCUAAUUAGUUCCACCCGAGAAAUCAGAAGACAAAGAAAAAUCCCAAAGUGAUUGUCCUAAUCCAUAUGCAUGUUCAACCUAAUACUUGGGCAAAAAAGCCAGCUAGGAGAAGGCAGAGAAGCGCAAUAUACUCAGUGCGUCGCUAUUUUGUGGUAAAAUAGCCCAAUAUAUAACAGUGGAGUAUAUAGCCCAAUAUAUAACAGUGAAUUGUCACUUUAGUGACUAUAUAUGCGCGAUUAAUAAACAAAACAUAUUCUUUAUCUAAUUUAUAUAUAGGUUUUCAGGAAUGGAAAACUUCAAUUUUAAGUAAAAACGCUGUAUUUUUUAUCCAUUCUACUGUCAAGAGGCUUUUUGUUUUUUUUGUUGGGUGGGUUUUUUGUUGUUUGGGUGGGUGGGUUUUUUUUUGGUGGCCGGGUGGGUGCGUGGGUGGGUGGGGGUGAGGUGAAGCCAGAACGCCGGGGGUGAGGUGAAGCUAGAACGAUUAAAUUUCCAGGAUAUUCUUUGCUUGCAAAUGACCUCACUACGUGUCAUUAGGCGCCAUCUUGGUUGAUUUUAAAGUUUUGUCCAGCCGUUUACAUCGAAAUAGUUGAGUUACUUUAAUAUUUUUGAUUUAAUUGUUUUGAAAAAAUCUUACUACAUUAUGGAUAGUUUACAAUUUCUGGUACAAUACGCAAAGAAUGAAGAAUAUAUAUUUUUAGUUGCCACGAAAACCAACCAAGAUGGCGUCGAUUGCAAACGAGCAAUAUGGUUGGAUUAACCAGAUUAUGUUAGGUGGACAUUAACCAAGAAUUAUAUUCCUGGUUAAAUUUAAGCAAGAAUCCUGGUUAAAUUAGCCAGGACUAUUAUCACGUUAACCAGGAUUGUGCAUCGGCGUACCGGAAGGAAAAACAUACGGGGGCGGAAAGAAAUUUGCCCGACUUUUUGGGAUUGUGCCCGACUAGCACCUAAAAAAUUUUUUCCGGAAAAAUUAUUUCGGGGACCUCCCCCCCCGUCCCCCAAAAUUUUUCGGUCAGUGUACCAUUUUAGGGGUCAAAAAAUUUUUCCGGACAUACCAAAAUUUUUCGGAACGUCACACAAGUUUUCCGAACAACACAAAAUUUAGCACAAAAUUGACUGAAUUUUCGACAAAUUGACAGAAUUUGUCCCAUUUAUUUUUAUUAGAAACCAAAAUUGCCCGACUGUUGAUCGAAUAUUGCCCGACUGCCAAAAAAACUGGGGGGGGGGGGGGCUACGGCCCCCCCCCCAGUACGCCUAUGGGAUUGUGGUUAAAUUAAUCAGGGGCCGGUUGUACAAAGGCCGGACAGCGCUAUCCACUUGAUAGUCAAAUUUUCAAUCGGAAUAAGCGUUUACUAACAUAGAUAAUGAGUUAUAUGGUUAUUCUAAUGAGUUUCACAGCCAUCUUCUCUUCGAUUGGCUAUGAUCAGGCUUGAGGGUCAAAAAUCGCUAUCCGGUGCAUAGCGCUAUCCAGCCUUCGUACAAUCUGCCCCAGGAAAUUUAACCUCAAACAUUAAUUAAAGUUACCCCGAAUAGGGUUAAGUACUAUUUAAAACACGAGUAGGAGUGUUUUAUCAGAUAUAAAACGCGAGGCGCAGCCGAGCGUUUUAUGUCUGAUAUAAAACACGACAACGAGUGUUUUGAAUAGCUUAAAAUACGACUACAAAAGAAUACUAAUUAGGAUGGACCAUUAUAUAAUCAUACUAAUUGGGAGAUAUAAAGUCACUCCACGUGACAUAUUAUGACUGACAUGAUUUGCCGUUUAUGAAUUAUUAAUGAGUAUUUUAAUUAAUUUUAUGUCGGGUGAACCAGGAAAUUUUUAACUAGUUUUUAACCACACUUUUUCAGAGUGUACAACAAUACAAGAGCUAUAGUUUUAUAUCUUCUUUUUUCUCUUCCACAGGUAACUCGCCAGGCAUCAUUUUGAUAUUUAUCUGGUUAACCUUACUACUGUUCGCGCUAUUUUUACCAAGUGAUCUUGCAGAAAACUCCGGAAUUAAUGAGAGAUUGGUUAUUGAGGAGAAGAAUGACCAUGAUCCUGCCUUUUCUAAAUCAAUCGUUGACUAUAGUCAUAAUGGUUCUUCUCCCUCGGCGAUGGUUUUUGCAGAAACAUCCGACAAGGUAACUGCGGUGGUUGAAGAAGAUAGCGAGGAUGAUAUUAGAUUAUCUAAAUCAGUCGCUGAACCAGGUUGCCGUCCAUCGUCAAUGGUUUUUUGUCUAUAUUACCUAAUUUGUUUAUCUUUGUUUGUCUAUAUGGUUAUUUCAUUUUAUGUUCCAUUGCUGGCGAAAUACCAUCUUGGAUUGGGACUUAGUUAUGUGAAGUUAAUUUACGUUAACAGUUCUUUGUUCGUUUCCGUUUUAUUCUUCGCUACCUCUCUCUUCUUGGAAAAAAUCUCCGAAAACAGUUUUCUUUUUGUUACAAUUUUUGCUCAGGUGAUCCCAAUUUCAAUCACGUUUUACUUCGGUCUUUCUUGGAACAACACGAUGUCGGUCAAUGAAAGUUAUCUUCUCGUUUGUUCGAUGUUAUUUCUAAGCGCCCAGUUCUUAAAUACCCCUAUAGCCUCGUCCGUGCUGUCGAAAAUCACACCAGUAAAGAGCGCUUCAUUUUAUCAAAGUCUUACGUACACUGCAGUGCAUUUGGGAAUGUGUCUUAGUCGUCUUGCAGCGGGGGCAACGUUUGGUAAAAUGGCAAUGAUAUACACUAGUGCUGUUCUCGCAUUUUUUUGGUUAUUUGGAAUAUUAUGGUUGGGUUAUGAAUAUCGCAACUUUGCUCGACUUGUUACUAAUACUGAAGUUUGAAAAUAUCAGUACUGCAUGGAUACGGCUCUUGUCUUAGUACUCAUGGGAACUUGUUUUAGUACUGUGUACUGAGGAUCAGCAAGCUACAAGCUAUAACCAGAUGCAAUGCAGAAGCUGUGAAAAUCCUUGAUUUCAUUGGUCAAUAUAAGCAAUCCAAACUUUGUCUUCGCGUCCUAAACGGAGAUAAAAUUGUAAUGUAUAGCUGAGACUUGAAGUGUUAAUUAAAAGUACUGUACAUAACAAUAUUCAACUGUUCGAU